UGUUGUUGUUGACACCACAUUUAAAUCCACUCCAGAACAGUACUGGGACACCAGAUUCCCACCAUCAAAUCCGCACAGCAUGGGUCGACUUAACUCGCAUUAAGCUUCAGCAGACAGUUGGUGUACUUGUCUUUUACGACAGUAAAGCUUGUCUUUGUCACAUCCAGAUGUAAAAAAAAAAAAAAAACUACAAAAGCUAAAUUUUUCCACAGCUUCACCACUAUGUUGGGGUGGAGUCAGAUGUGUCCAGGAAAUGGGUGUGGAUUGUAACUGAUAACAAGGAGGAUGGCACACGAGAAGACAGACCGGUACAACAAGAGGUCAUCAGGAUACUGUCGGUUGCUCCUCCCCUCCUGUUUACAGAACGCGGCUAUCACUGUAAACAAGCACAAUCCCUAGGCAGUCACACUUAUUAUUAGACUUGUAUUGUUUCAGUUAUUGCCACAGAGGAAAGGAUGUGUUUUAUUCAAUCAACAACCUUUCAGCUCUUCCCCCAUCCCUUGAUCUCCCAGUCUCAUCUAUGCCAGCCUUGUUUUCUCCGACAGUUAACGGCAUGCCAGUGGAAUGCGGUGUUAGUCACGCUGUUUAGUUCUCCAUAUGAGAGGAACAUGUCAGAUGAUCAUAUAGCGAGAGGAGGAAGAGUUGGUUAGGGGGUGUGGUGUUGACAGCAGAUGCUUGCCAAAUGUCGGGGCCGGUUUUAGGUUGCUGUAGCUGCAGAGAGAGGAAGAAUGUACUUUUCUUUCUGGUUAUAAAGGCCGUGGAACCAUAGCAGAGGAAAAGGAGAACGUUAUAAUGGUUUCAUUUAAAGAAUGAAUGAGAAAUACAAACAAUGUCCAGCUGUACAAAGCAACUAUUUUGCCCAAAAUGUUUUUUAAGCUCCAUUUAGGUACAUUGUUUGUUCGUUUCAUUCUAUUCUUUUUCCAAUGUUUUAAUAAUAAGGCUGUCAAUAUCAAAUGAAAUGACUUUGUAGGACAGACAUUGCAGCACAUAUUCUUGCAAUGCAGCAUGUGUGGCAGUUUUUUUUUUUGGCCCCCCGCCCAAUAACUAGUCUCAACAGCUUUUUGUCCUUGUACGAAUGUGUUAUGUAAUCCAUGUGGCCUUUGCUGUUAUUAUAGUUGACCUGCCCGCAAAGGAAACACUUUUAAUAUUCAAAUUUUUCACUUUUUCUUCCCUGUUGUUUAUGCUCUGUUGACCUUUACCGACCAUGCUUAUAUCGUAGCCUUACAAAACACCACAGUGGACCAUAUCAACCACAACAUGGUAUAUUUAAAACAAACAGCUGCUGCAGGUUAAACAUGUGAUGACUAUUUUGGUCCGAGGUGGGGCUCACCUCCAUAUUGGGAAUGUGAAGUCAAAUGUACCAGGAGCUAGUCACAUCUCACAAUGUAGAAGUUGCCAUUGUCAAAGUGAAGCUGUACAAGCUUUUAGUCGGUGGAACAUCUUUUUUUUCUCGAGUGUAGAUUUUGAUUCACCGAAAGCAGUCUGGCCCACUUCAUCUUCGUUCAUUGUUCCCUCAGGACCCCGGAUGCUGGAGGAGCAGUAUGUGAGUAAUGCCCUGCUGCUCCAUCUUCUGAGGCAUCAGAAGGUUCUCUUUCCAACCCAUGCCCAUGACACAGAGGCCUCCUCAAUCACCUCCUCACCCCCUCCUACUCUAUCUGCUCUUUCGCACUUUGAGGUCCGAUCCAGCAGCUGUCACUCGGAGCAGAGUGGUGUGGACAUUUUGGAGCGAGAGACCACUUCCAGCUCAGCCACCAGUGCUUUGAACCAAACAAUAUGGAUGCAGUCGCAACUCAACAGCCCUGACACACUGGUGCGGGGUUGUGAAUCCACCUCUGACGUCAGCGCUGACAUUCAGAAGCUGAUUCCAGACCAGGAGGCUCGGGAGGAGAGCCGUGACAGUACAGAGGCAGGUUGUGUGCUCUCCGGCUCCACUGACCCGGGGCCAGAGCAACGCUCACUCCAGAGCAUCCCACCCCAAAGCUUCGGGGGAGAGCCCCCGGAGUUGCAGUGUACCACACAAGGGGUCUUUGCGCAUUACAUGAUGCCACCGUUCACCUCCCCCGCAUUGGAGACAGAGGAGGAAGUGGUAAAGAACAGGAGGAAACCUUCCUCACCCAUUGAAGACGACUGUUCAACGGUUUCUGCAGCUGCUGGACAGAAACCAUCAGUUUCAGACUGCUGCAUAGCGAAUGAAUCACAGAACAACAACCGAACACAGACUCGGCACAAGGAGAGUCUUUUGUUUUUCAGCUUGCUGUGCUGCAAAGUGUACAAGACAGAAGCCACGACCACAGCGUCUGAGAAGAGCCCCUUCUUCAAGCUACACGGCCUGGAGGCCGACUUGGGACCCCUGCCCUCACGGGUAGAGCCGCAAGUUCAGGAUAACCUACCUGCCCAGCAACAGCCUCUUUAUACUGAAGAGCAGAACCUGUAUUUGACCCACAAGCGGCUUCUCCACUCGCCGUCGUCGCCGCCUACUCAGUCUGUACACAUGGAAUCCCCUCAUUCAUCAGAGUCCAGUCCUGUCCUGUCCACUGCAUUUCUUUCUGAGGGGACUUCAGGAAAUUACCUGCCGAGCCCACCGGGCCCUAAAACCAGCCCACUCCUCUCUCGCUUUACGACGAGUGACUGCCCCAUUCCAUCGCCUCGCUGCCCCAACCUAAGUCACAGCCUGCGCUACAACCUAGACCCCGAUACGGCCCCUUCUCCACCCUGCUCACAGCACAUACGCAUGGCUCGCAGCAGUGUCCACACAGAGUCGCACAUGUCCAUCUUAGUGCUCAGCAGACACAUUCACGCCCUGAAGAAGAGGAUCAGGCGCUUUGAGGAGCAUUUUGAACAGGAGAAGCACUAUAAGCCGGCACAUAACGACAAGACGGCACAUCCAGAGGUGGCUAAACUGAUGAAGGAGCUCAUCAAGAGUCGCAAGCAGCUUAAAGAGCUGAAGCUGAGACGAUCAGGAGAGGGGGGUCUGAGAGGGCGGGGGGACUUCAACCCAUCAGCUGAAUCAUGCAGUACCAGUACAGGCCAGAGAGAGGCAGCACUUGCAGGGGCUGAGCUGCAGCUACUUAACGACAGCAACACCAAGCCAGAUGUGGAGGAAACCGUCAACAUGAUAACCAACCGACUGAAGGAAAGGCGACGAGAGCUGGGCCUUCCCGACAGUGUUAAGGAGAUGUCCCAUUUCCAGACGACAAUGGAGAAGGCCAGUCUACAGAAGUGUUUGCUCUACUUUGAGAAUUUGCACGGACGACCGAGUACCAGGCAGGAGCGGACUCUGAUGAAACCGUUCUACGAUCGGUACCGUCUUGUCAAGCAGCUGCUGCCUUCCUCUGCUGCUCCGGCAGUCAUUACGACCAUUGAGGAAGAGGAGAGCUCUGAUGAAGAGCAUCCUAAACAGCAAAGCCCCAGGAUGCAUCCAGUACAACUGAAAUCCUACAGGUGUGAGUCUUCAGAUGAGCCGCUGCUUCUGCCGUCCCUGGAAAUGACCGAAACACCUGUGGUGUCCCCGCUGGACGAGGUGAAAUCUUUCCAGCCACAGAUUAUCACCAUGGCAACACUACAUGAAGCUUCCAGACCAGAAUUGCUGGAUCACCUCAGGACAGCACGAUUAGAGAAGCGGAGGCUUCACCUAGCGCUCCGAGAGUUUGAGAACCACUUCUACAUGCAGAUCGGCAGGGCUUGUCAGAAGGAGGAGCGCGGGCCGAUGGCCGAGGAGUACCGUCAGUACAAGAACCUCAAAGCGAAGCUUCGACUCCUCGAGGUCCUGCUCAGUAAACAGGACUCAACCAUGACUAGUUGAGUCAACUCACAGUGGGACUUU